AUGAAAAACCUAUUCCAUAUAGUAUUGAUGAAGCUUCUGUUAAUGGAUAAUAAACUAACCAAACAACAGUAUGUUAAUAUACGAAUUAGCUCAAAAAAACGAAAUUGUGACAUAUAUCCUCCAUACGAUGGUAAAAUAACUGGAAAAAAAAAAUGUUAUUCGAAUAACGUAGAAAUCACAGAAUCAGGAUGCAAAAUUCCAUUGCAAGAUCUCUUGGACCACACAACUAAUCGAAUCAUACAAAUCCCACAACAUAUUAGACCAAUUGAAUCACAUAUGAAUAAUUUAGAAAUGUUAUACAAGUGGGGGUGUGAUGGUAGCAGUGGUUAG